UGCGUUUUGAGAGAUAUCUACAAGGUAAAUAGAACGCAAAAGCGCUAAGAUUGUCCCAAACCACUGCCGGUAGUACGUUAACAACAUGGCUGCUCCCUUGAUGUUGAUGCGGCGAAGCUGUAGGCAGGUGACCCUCUUGGCCGCCGCGUCGCGUUACUGGAGCUCUAGCCCUGUGGCUCCGCCCUCAAAACAGUCCAGGCUCCUCCUCUUCCUGAGCCAGCGUUUCCAUGACAUUGAGACUCUCCUCAGCUGGAGCUCCUGGUUCAAGAACCGAGGUCUACGACAGAAGAAUUUUUUCUAUGGUUACACCCAGCAAAACUAUGGGGACAACAUUGCAGCUGCUUAUUACAUCCUUAGCCUGAAGGGAGGAUUCAGGUUUGCAGGGCAGUCAGAGUGGUUCCGAUCAGACAGAAGAGGGAAGUUCAGUUGGGACUUCAUGAACCACCGGGACACCUCCAUAGAGGAAGUGGAUGUCGGCAACACGCUCAUUAACUACACAGGCCUGGAAAACCUCGUGAAACAGAGGGGGCUGCGUACUCUCUCUGUGAGUGGCUGCGCUGAGGUGGAUGACUGGUUCCUGUCCCGCCUCUAUAUCUUCCAGGACACCCUGGAGGAGCUGGACAUUUCGAACUGUCCCCGAAUCUCUGUGGGGGGCCUGGCUGCACUGCAGAAGCUGAGGGGUCUGCGACGGCUGAACGUGUCCUCCCUCCCCAGGCUCCAGAACCCUGGGCUGGUCGCCAUCCUGCUGGAGGAGAUGCUUCCUCAUUGCCAUGUUACUGCAGUCGGGUACGACCACAGCCUGAUCUACAGCCCCACACAGACAGACGGCUAGACGCCCAGACACAGAUAAAGUCCCAGGCAGAGGCUGGACGUCAAAAUCUGACUAGAGCAGUGGAGAGACACAAUCGAAGUUGGGCGAAGUUGACAAAUGCUCUUAUUCGCUCUCUUUUUGAUUCUUUAACUAACACUCACACAGACAAACAGGAGGAGGGAUGCCCAUUUAGUGUGUGAUGUAGAGCCUCACUGAUUUAAAAAAUGAUAAAUUAUCAGAGAAGGGUUUUACUUACUUGUAGAGCAACAUUGUCGUCCUUAAGCUACCAAAAUGAUCAGUCGAAAUAUUUCCUUCAAAAUAUUUGAUGUUAUGGAUUGUAUUGGUGAUUUAAAUAAAAAUAUUUGUAAAGUA